GAAUGUUCGCUGGUCUCUAGGUGGUGCCAAAUUCCGGGGCCUGGGCAUUUCCCUCCCUUUAUGUCUUUUGGGUUUUUCCUUGCUUCGGUCUCCGAUUAGGCCGUAGGUGGCCGUGGCAAGGAGUUACAAAAUAAAUAAAUAAAUAAAAUAAAACCGAUAAGAGAGAAAACACACCCAGACCCCUGGCUUCUCCGAGCCGCCGGGGGAGGGGGCGGAGGAGCUGAGCGAGGCAGAGUCGCCCAGCGGCUACUCGAGAGUGGCGCGCGGGAGCGGCGGCCGCCUGGCUUGCCUUUCCUCUGUUGCUUCUUCCCAGCGCCUUUUGUUUUCUUUUUUCUUUCUCAUUUUAUUUCCUGGAGGGGGCGGGGAGCGGGAACCGAGAGACAGAAAGAGAGAGGGGAGAAGACAAAAUAUUAAAAAGCCCAAAGACACCGCAAGAGCCCGCGCGGUGCCCGAUGGCUUCGCUGUACCAGAGGUUCACCGGCAAGAUCAACACCUCGCGGUCCUUCCCGGGGCCCCCGGAGGCCAGCCACCUCCUGGGUGGCCAGGGGCCCGAGGAGGACGGCGGCGCCGCGGCGAAGCCCCUCGGCCCGCAGGCGCAGGCGGCGGCGCCCCGGGAGCGCGGCAGCGGCGGCGGCGCGGGUGGCCGGCCCCGGUUCCAGUACCAGGCGCGGAGCGACUGUGAUGAGGAGGACGAGCUGGUGGGAAGUAAUCCUCCGCAACGGAACUGGAAGGGCAUCGCGAUCGCACUGCUUGUGAUUCUGGUCAUCUGCUCCCUCAUCGUCACCUCGGUCAUUCUGCUGACGCCAGCGGAAGAUAAUAGUCUGUCUCAAAAGAAGAAGGUCACUGUGGAAGAUCUCUUCAGUGAAGAUUUCAAAAUUCAUGACCCCGAGGCUAAAUGGAUAAGUGAUACAGAAUUCAUCUACAGAGAACAGAAAGGAACGGUGAUUCUGCGGAAUGUUGAAACAAAUAUUUCUACUGUGUUAAUAGAAGGCAAAAAAAUUGAAUCAUUAAGAGCCAUCAGAUAUGAAAUCUCUCCAGAUAGAGAGUAUGCGCUUUUUGCAUACAACGUGGAACCGAUAUAUCAACACUCCUAUACUGGAUAUUAUGUCCUGAGCAAAAUUCCUCAUGGGGAUCCUCAAAGUCUGGACCCACCAGAAGUCAGCAAUGCAAAGCUCCAGUACGCAGGGUGGGGCCCCAAAGGCCAGCAGCUGAUAUUUAUCUUUGAAAACAACAUCUACUACUGCGCGCACGUCGGGAAGCAGGCCAUCCGCGUGGUGUCCACGGGCAAGGAGGGCGUCAUCUACAACGGCCUCAGCGACUGGCUGUACGAAGAGGAGAUUCUGAAGACCCACAUCGCGCACUGGUGGUCUCCGGACGGCACCAGGCUCGCCUACGCCACCAUCAACGAUUCCCGCGUCCCCCUCAUGGAGCUCCCGACCUACACCGGCUCCGUCUACCCCACCGUGCGGCCCUACCACUACCCCAAGGCUGGAUGUGAAAACCCCAGUAUCUCCCUGCACGUCAUCGGCUUAAACGGACCCACCCACGACCUGGAGAUGAUGCCACCUGACGAUCCGCGAAUGAGGGAGUACUACAUCACCAUGGUGAAGUGGGCCACCAGCACCAAGGUCGCCGUGACCUGGCUGAAUCGCGCGCAGAACGUGUCCAUCCUCACCCUCUGUGACGCCACCACGGGGGUCUGCACAAAGAAACACGAGGAUGAAAGCGAGGCCUGGCUCCACAGACAGAAUGAAGAACCCGUGUUCUCCAAGGACGGCCGGAAGUUUUUCUUUGUCAGAGCGAUCCCCCAGGGAGGACGAGGAAAAUUCUACCACAUCACCGUGUCCUCGUCCCAGCCCAACAGCAGCAAUGACAACAUCCAGUCCAUCACCUCUGGGGACUGGGACGUGACCAAGAUCCUGUCCUAUGAUGAGAAGCGGAAUAAGAUUUACUUCCUGAGCACGGAGGACCUGCCUCGGCGGCGACAGCUCUACAGCGCCAACACGGUGGGCAACUUCAACAGGCAGUGCCUCUCCUGUGACCUGGUUGAGAACUGCACCUACUUCAGUGCCUCCUUCAGCCACAGCAUGGACUUCUUCCUGCUCAAGUGCGAAGGCCCCGGAGUUCCCAGGGUGACGGUGCACAACACGGCAGACAAGAAAAAGAUUUUUGACCUGGAAACGAACGAGCACGUGCAGAAGGCCGUAAGUGACCGGCAGAUGCCCCGAGUGGAAUACAGGAAGAUCGAGGUGGAUGAUUACAACCUGCCCGUGCAAAUCCUGAAGCCGGCAACCUUCUCCGACACGGCACACUACCCCCUCCUCCUGGUGGUGGACGGCACCCCGGGCAGCCAGAGCGUGGCUGAGCGGUUCGAGGUGAGCUGGGAGACGGCACUGGUGAGCACCCAGGAGGCCGUGCUGGUCAGGUGCGACGGCCGCGGCAGUGGCUUCCAGGGGACCAAGCUCUUGCACGAAGUGAGGCGGCGGCUGGGCUCCCUGGAGGAGGAGGACCAGACGGAGGCCGUGCGGGCGCUGCUGAAGGAGCAGUACAUCGACAGAACCCGUGUGGCCGUGUUCGGGAAGGACUACGGCGGGUACCUGAGCACCUCCAUCCUCCCGGCGAAGGGCGAGAACCAGAGGCCGACCUUCACCUGCGGCGCUGCCCUCUCUCCCAUAACCGACUUCAAACUCUACGCAUCUGCCUUCUCCGAGAGGUACUUGGGCCUCCAUGGACUGGACAACAGAGCGUAUGAGAUGACCAAGGUGGCCCAUCGCGUCGCUGCGCUGGAGGAGCAGCAGUUUCUGAUCAUUCACGCCACCGCCGACGAAAAAAUCCAUUUCCAGCACACGGCAGAACUCAUCACGCAGCUAAUUCGGGGAAAGUCUAACUACAGCCUGCAGAUCUACCCGGAUGAAAGCCAUUACUUCCACAGCGCCGCGCUCAAACAGCACCUGUACCGCUCCCUCAUCGGCUUCUUCGCCGAGUGCUUCAGGAUUCAGGACAAACUGCCCACAGUCACGACGAAAGAGGACGAGGAGGACGACUAGGCACGGCCGCUCCUGCACAGACGUGGCUGUGUCUGCAGCUGUGGCGACUGCGGCAUCUCCCCGCCUCCUUCCCGCAGAUGGGUGGGGGCCCGUCCCGCAGCAUGUGUCUCGGUACUGAAGGCGGCUCUGCUCGGGCAACAGGCUCCUUCCCGGGGGCUGUCACCCUCUACGGCGCCCAGAACAACUCCACGGCAGCGGUGGCCUCCUCCUGCCCCGGAGCCACCGGCAUGUCCCACGGCCCCUCCCCGAGGCACACAGCCGGGGACGCUGGCGGGGAGGGCCACAGCCGUGCUGAGCCGCGAACAAGCGGCCCCCAGAGCCAAGCUGCGCGCAGUCGCAUCGAGCCCCCUCCGCGUCAGG